GCAAGAAGGAUGAGCCAAUCGGAACAUAGUAACAAAUGGUUAUAUCUGAGCUUUUUAUAAUGAACUAUAAAUACACUUUGCCAAGGUGAAGAGAGAGAGAGAGAGGUGUGCAACCAUGGCGCAGGUUUUUAAUCUCAUCUUUAUUUUCUACGUAAGCACUAAGUUAGUUGAAGAUGUGACUGCAAUGGUUAUGACGACAACACCACUACCCAUAACAAGUACAGAGGUAACCACUACCACGGGAGAAACUGAAGACAUCAGCGGAUGUGAUUCAAGCCCAUGCCAAAACGGAGGUACGUGCCAACUAACAGCUGAAGGCUACAUUUGCACCUGCCCCAGGAAAUACUUGGGUGAACAUUGUGAAACAUAUGUCAGUGAUUGUGAGCCCGGCCUAUGCCGCAACGGAGCCACCUGUGUGGAUACACGGGAGUCUUUCGAAUGCAUCUGCCCGAAAUAUCAUUUCGGGACAUUUUGUGAAAUACGUAAUGGUGAAUGUGGAAUAGAGUGCCAGAACGGCGGCACAUGUGUAGAAUUACCUGAUGGCCCCCGCUGCAUGUGCGCCAGCAAGUACACCGGGGAACAUUGCGAAAUGUAUAUAAGUUUAUGUGCCUCAGACCCAUGUCAGAACGGAGGCACCUGUGUGGAGAUGGAGGAGUCUUUUAGAUGUGUCUGUCCGGCGGAUUAUAUUGGACCAUAUUGCAGUAUAUUUGAAGGUCCAUGUGAAUGUCUACACGGAGGCAUUUGCGUGGAAAAAUUAGGUCGUUACGAGUGUCAAUGUCACAGAAACUACACCGGGGAAUACUGUGAAACGUACAUCAGUGAAUGUGAUUCAAAACCAUGUCAAAAUGGUGGCACAUGUGAAGAAGUAACUGGCGGUUACAAGUGUACCUGCCCUAGAAAAUAUACUGGAAAAUACUGCGAAACGUACAUCAGUGAAUGUGAUUCAAAACCAUGUCAAAAUGGUGGAACAUGUGAAGAAAUAACUGACGGUUUCAUGUGUAUCUGCCCCCGAAAAUAUACUGGAAAAUACUGCGAAACGUACAUCAGUGAAUGUGAUUCAAAACCAUGUCAAAAUGGCGGCACAUGUAAAGAAAUAACUGGGGGUUACAUGUGUACCUGCCCCCGAAAAUAUACUGGAAAAUACUGCGAAACGUACAUCAGUGAAUGUGAUUCAAAACCUUGCCAAAAUGGCGGAACAUGUGAAGAAAUAGCUGGAGGUUACAUGUGUACCUGCCCCCGAAAAUAUACUGGAAAAAAUUGCGAAACGUAUAUCAAUUACUGUGACCCGAACCCUUGUCAAAAUGGCGGCACGUGCGUGGACGGCAUCUUGCAGUAUCUGUGUCAGCCGUGCAUGCCGGGAUUCGUGGGGAGACACUGUGAAAUACCUACGUGUGACAUAGACAAUGGUGGAUGCGAGCAAAAUUGCGCCAUGGAUGGCGCCAGUGGACUACCCAAGUGCACUUGCUGCGAGGGCUAUCUCCUUAACGUUGACGGCAAGACAUGUUCAGUAGACAAAAUGUACGUUCUUGCACGGCAGGAGAAGCUGCUUCAGCAUUGUUGUAAUGUUGGUGCCAACCCCGGGUACCGUGGAAGAUCCUGUGAAGCUGCCGCCGCGAAGCUGACGAAUUUAGGGAUGUGUCGUGAGAUGUUUGUGGCAUGUUGCAGAGCCGGGGAACAUUCGCCUGCAGCAUUCGAUAUGUUGGUACCGCAGCCAUGUAGACCGAAACCGCAGAAUUCAUUUAACAAAACAUGCCUAACGUCAAGGUUGAACUACACAACGUCAGGAAAUGAGGUGCUGUUUUGCCCACAAUUCCCCAAUGACUUCUUCGGACAGAUUUUAAACAAAUGUGAGGGAGAUUUUGAUUGUAACAGCACCGAGAAAUGCUGUAGAGCAUCUUACAAGGAGUCUGGAUACUGUAUGCCAGCUGUCACAAGUCCACCGCCAGAGGCGCCCAUGUACCAUACAGGUCCAAGAGGAGAUUCUGAAGCAGACUGUCCUCCUGCUGACAUCACUGGACUGUGGCAACAGGCUCAUGACCAGGUCACUCCGUGCAAGGACAACGGCCACUGCGACCAGAGACAGUGGUGCUGUCCAGUAGGAGAUACGGAGGAGAAAAUAUGUGUGCCGACUACAGGAAUGAACGAGAACGCCGAUGAAAACGCAACUGAUGGCAAUGGAGAAUUUUGCCCGCCAGUUUUACCAAACAACCAAACGGGGAAAGAAAAAACAAAGAUUGAAAUUGUAAAUUAUUACUGUCCCGAGACCCCUAAAAAUUGGUGGGGAUAUCGCAGAAAUCGCUGUGUGGGGGCUGAAGACUGCGAAAGGUUUUGCCUGUGUUGUACAAAACCUCCGUUCCAGAAAGGGAAAUUGUGUUAUUGCGUACGAAGCACCACCAAGAAGCCAGCAAAUGGAAUGUUGGAUUGUGACAGCGAUAAUAAAGAAGGCAAAGUCACCGAUGCAAGAGUCAUUACCUCGCGGAAGUGCCAAAGUACAAAGUCUGUGCAAAAAUGGAUCGCUGUCAGUCGGUUUGUCGCUCCGUGUUCUAAACCGGGCCAUUGCGGUCGUAAUGAAUAUUGUUGUAAGUACAACAUCAAAGUGAACGACGCAAUUUGUUUACCUUCCUCUUGGGGGAAAGGCAGAGGAUAAGACUUGGCUCGAGAAGACCUCAAAUCACAUUAUGGUUGUCAGAGUUGUCAAGAUGGCUUACUUUUUAGAGACAAGGCGGAAGUCCAGUUUUGAAUCAGUUUCAUUCUCCGUUGAUUGACGACAAAUUCUAAAUUGACAAAUGUUACUUAUUAUAGUAUGUUUUAAUUUACUUGCUUAGGAACUGGGCAGUUUUUUUUUUUUCAAUCCUUUCAUCUGUUCUGAAGUCAUAAUCUCGGAAUUGAAAUCAGCGAAACUAUGAGUAAAUCUCCUUAGAUAGCGAAUGUUCCGAAAUGUAGUUUUUAUAGGCAGCAUAGCCAUAUUGUAAUCUUAUCUGGCUCUUUAAACUAUUAUUUUCAAUAAGACGCUUUAUUUCAACUGAAAGGCCUCGGGCCCAUUUUAUUCACAGGUUCAAUAUUUUGCAUUUUGUCUAAAGUUUUACAAUUCUUUCAUAAACUACUUACGUUUACCUUAUCCAUUGUAACAAAGGGGAGUUACAGUACUUGUCACUUCUCUAAACAACUUAAUAAAGUGGUUAAAAAGGUAUGCAUUAAGCUGUAAUUAAAUAAGUGCAUGUUUUCUAAUAUUAUUGCUUGGAAAACUUUAUCUACAUCGAGCAAUAAUAUAUAUAUGCCCCACGCAAGAAAACUUCAAAAAUUUUUAAUAUUUAAAAAGUUAUCAGCAUUAUGG